UGGCUCUAUGUACCGGGAAAGCCGUAGAUUACGAAUACGAAACGAUACAGGUACGUAGGUAUAUGUUACCAGCUAUGAUUGGCACGGCAAAUGUUUGAUUUUCACGUAAUGUCACGUCAGACGUGGUAAAUAAAGUUAGAUAAAAGUAACGCACUCGAGGGGCCGGGUGCGACAGUCGACGCAUGCGCGGUGAAGGUGGUGGUGAACGCGAGCGAUCUUCACUUGCCGUCCGCCGACAUGACCAGCCGUCAGCUCCGCCGGCUGGCCGCCCUGGGCCGCCCCGGCCUUCGCUCGCAGCCUUGCGUCUGCUCCCGCCGUUACAGCCAAGUGAGGCCCGUCUAUGUUAUAGAGAGACCUAAAUGGCGCAACUCGGCACCCAACUUCUAUGCACUUCAAUCUAUUGAUAUGAGACCCUACUCAUUCGUGCACAACUUAGACCCAGCAGUUCGUGAAGGAUCCCACAAAAAUGCCGACGAUGUGCUUUUCGAUAUGUUCAAAAACGACGACUCGGGUCUGCUGCCUGUUGGAAAAUUUUUGGCCGCCUUGAGGACAACAGGAAUAAGAAAGAAUGAUCCUCGUGUGAAAGAAGUCAUGCAUAAUCUAUACAAGGUUCACAAAGAAUCAAACUUCGAAGGUGGAUCACCUGAAACUUUGAAACUGGAUCGGAAGACAUUUAAAGAAGUUAUCUCGCCAAACAUAGUGUUAAUUACUCGAGCAUUCCGAAGCCAAUUCGUAAUUCCAGACUUUCAAGAUUUCAUAAAAGACAUUGAGGAGAUGUAUUGGACAGCCAAAAGCAUCACUGAUGGUAAAGUGGCCAGUUACAUUCCACAAUUAGCGAGGGCGAAUCCGGAUAAUUGGGGUGUAAGUGUGUGCACCAUUGAUGGACAAAGGUUUUCUAUUGGUGAUGUGAACUUGCCAUUUACUCUUCAGUCAUGCAGUAAACCUCUAACUUACGCGAUGGCGCUCGAGACAUUAGGACCCGAAGUAGUUCACCAGUAUAUUGGCACUGAACCAAGUGGACGCAACUUCAAUGAACUCGUCUUGGAUUAUAAUAUGAAACCUCAUAACCCUAUGAUAAAUGCUGGGGCAAUAUUGGUGUGCUCAUUACUGAAAACACUGGACAAACCAGACAUGACUUUAGCGGAGAAGUUCGACUACGUGAUGUCGUUUUUCAGUCGCCUGGCGGGCAACGAACUGUUGGGUUUCAACAAUGCUGUAUUUUUAUCCGAGCGCGAGGCGGCUGAUCGCAACUACGCUCUGGGAUUUUACAUGCGCGAGCAUAAAUGCUAUCCUGAGAAGACCAAUUUUCGGGAAUGCAUGGACUUUUAUUUUCAGUGCUGUUCAAUGGAAGCUAACUGCGAUAUAAUGUCAAUAAUGGCCGCAACUUUGGCUAAUGGCGGCAUUUGCCCCAUCACCGACGAGAAAACCCUGCGACCGGAUUCAGUGAGAAACGUAUUAUCCCUGAUGCACAGCUGUGGGAUGUACGACUACUCCGGCCAGUUCGCCUUCAAAGUGGGCCUGCCUGCAAAGUCCGGGGUGUCAGGAGCCAUGCUGAUUGUUGUUCCAAAUGUCAUGGGAAUUUGCACAUGGUCCCCACCGCUCGACCCGCUUGGUAAUAGUUGCAGAGGCUUACAGUUUUGUGAGGAACUGAUCAAGCGUUUCAACUUCCAUAAAUAUGACAACAUUCGGUACGCGAGCCACAAGAAAGACCCGCGUCGUUACAAAUUCGAAUCUACCGGACUGAGUAUUGUGAACUUGCUGUUUUCAGCUGCGAGCGGCGACCUGAGCGCACUACGAAGGCACCAUUUAUCUGGCAUGGACAUGACUCUGUCAGACUACGACGGCAGGACAGCGCUGCAUUUGGCCGCAGCUGAAGGGCAUCUGGGUUGUGUGGACUUCUUGCUAGCGCAGUGCAACGUACCCCACGACCCGCAGGACCGGUGGGGCAGUCGGCCCCUCAACGAAGCAGAAACAUUCAACCACGCUGCAGUCGUCCAAUAUUUAAAAGAAUGGGAACUGACUCACCCAACCAGCAAACUGCCUGAGAAAUCCAACACGGUCGAUGACUUUCUCCACGUGAAACCAGAUGCCGACGACGCGGUGAAAGAUCCCAGCAUCCAAGAAAUUGUAUCCAGAAAUGGUGAGAACAACAAGUAGUAAGAGCGAAGUGUACAUGUGAAAAAUCUGGAAUUUUCAAUCAAAUAUAGGUCCUUGUAUUUACCUAUUUAUUCUACACAUAGAAAACUGUUACAAUUGUCUACUUAACGUAUGUACCUUUUGAAAUUAGCGGGACCGCUGAAAGUGGCGUAUUUGUUGUGAUGUUGAGGAAACAGGGCAUGUUCAUAGUAAGUUGUUCAAUUAAACCUUAGUUAUGAGAAGAAUCUCUAAUUACUUAAUAGAAAUACAUAUGAUAAUUACUGGAGAUUGCUCUGCAAUUAAAGCCUCUAAAUGUUAGGUAAAACAGUAGGAAAACAAAUACUUACUGUAUGUGUACCAUCUAUUCAAGAAUCUCACUGUAAGCAGGUACCAUAAAUAAAUCAUUUUGUCUCAGUAUAGCACAAACCAUUUUUUGAUUGUGUCUGUGAUUUAUGUAAAUAUUAUUUAAGUUGUACUGAAAUGUAUUAAGUUUUUGUACUAUUUAUUUAUUAUACUGAAUUUUAUUUAAUACAAUUAUCCAAAAUUCUCAAUAAGACAGUUUAAAGAGAUCAUUUGUAUUGUUGUUGUACCAGGUAAUAGGUGUAUUCACCUACCAAUUUUAUCUAUCUACAUUCAAAGUUUAUGAAACUUUUUUAUCACAUUAAUUUAAAUAAACUAUAUAAUGAUUAUGCAUGAGUUCCUUCACUAUUUACUAAAAUAUUUUUGUAAGUACAUUCCAUACACAUUAAAUGUUACUGUUACUUAUAUGAAUCUUUAACUUAUAUUUAUAAUAAGCAUAUUGCCAAAGAGGAAAACAAAUGUAUUAAAUUUUGAAGCUUUCUAGUUUCUAUAUUUAAUUAUUACUAUAUUGAGUCAAUGCUAAACCAAGUUAUUCAAACUGCAUAAUCUAGAGUGAUACACAAAAUCACAUGACUUUUGUAUGAUUACAUACAUAUACCAUGCACAAAAGAUGCAUUUUGGAUACUUUAACUUAGUAUUUGCUUUUAAAUGGAAUAGCAUUAUAAUUGGCUUUUCUAUCUCAAUGUGACAAUAAUAUAAAAUUAGUUAACUUGUGUGGUAGAAUAAUAAAUAUAAAAAUGUUUGUAUUGAUGUGUAAUGUCAAUUAAAUUGUUGAUGUAUUAUAAAUGUGUUUU